AUGGACGCGAAGAAGGGCUCCGAGGAGGCGCCGUUCUUCACAGACUACGGCGAGGCGAGCCGGUACGAGGUCACCGAGGUGGUCGGCAAGGGCAGCUACGGCUUGGUAGCCGCCGCCGUCGACACCCACACCGGCGAGCGCGUCGCCAUCAAGAAGAUCAACGACGUCUUCGAGCACAUCUCCGACGCCACCCGCAUCCUCCGGGAGAUCAAGCUGCUCCGCCUCCUGCGCCACCCGGACAUCGUCCAGAUCAGGCACAUCAUGCUCCCGCCCUCGCGCCGCGAGUUCCGCGACAUCUACGUCGUCUUCGAGCUCAUGGAAUCCGACCUCCACCAGGUCAUCAAGGCUAACGACGACCUCCCGCCCGAGCACCACCAGCUCUUCCUAUACCAGAUGCUCCGCGGCAUGAAGUACAUCCACGCCGCACAUGUCUUCCACCGGGACCUCAAGCCCAAGAACAUUCUCGCCAACGGCGACUGCAAGCUCAAGAUUUGUGACUUCGGCCUUGCUCGGGUGUCUUUCAAUGAUACACCUUCGGCGAUAUUCUGGACGGAUUAUGUAGCAACAAGAUGGUAUCGUGCUCCAGAAUUAUGUGGCUCCUUCUUUUCAAAGUAUACUCCUGCGAUUGAUAUCUGGAGCAUAGGAUGUAUAUUUGCUGAAAUGCUUUCAGGGAGGCCUCUGUUUCCUGGCAAGAAUGUGGUACACCAAUUGGAUCUCAUGACAGAUCUACUUGGCACUCCUUCAUCAGAGUCAAUUUCCAGAAUUCGAAAUGAAAAGGCCCGCCGGUACUUAUGUAACAUGAGAGAGAAAUAUCCUAUUCCUUUUACACAGAAGUUUCCUGGAAUAGAUCCAAUGGCUCUUCAUUUGCUUGAGCGUCUACUUGCUUUUGAUCCAAAGGAUCGACCAACUGCUGCAGAGGCCUUGACAGAUCCAUACUUCACUGGAUUAGCAAAUUCUGAACGUGAACCUAUAACACAACCUAUCUCGACACUUGAGUUUGAGUUUGAAAGAAGGAAGCUGGCCAGAGAUGAUGUUCGAGAACUAAUUUACAGAGAGAUUUUGGAGUACCACCCUCAGAUGUUGCAGCAGUUUCUUUGUGGUGGGGAUAAGGCAAACUUUGUGUAUCCAAGUGGGGUGGAUCGUUUCAAGAGGCAAUUUGCUGAUCUCGAAGAAAGUGCUGCUACGGGUGAGAAGACUAGCCCACAGUUGCGGCAGCAUGCUUCCCUACCAAGGGAAAGAGUAAACGGCAUUGGGGAUGACCUAGAGAGACCAAGUGCGGAUUACUGCAUAAGAUUGCAUGUAUGUGAGCAACCAGCACAUGCAUCAGUAACUGAUUGUCUGAACAAGCCACUCUCAAGUUCUCGUAACUUUCUGAAGAGCGAAAGCAUCAGUGCUUCCCAGUGUGUUGUCAUCAAACAAAAACGAGACAACCAUGAGGAAUCUAUAUCUGAGCAUAUGAACGACGGAGUUGGUGUGCCACAGAGGAUUGAGCAACUCAAAACCUGA